AUGGCUGAACCUCAGCGCACAAACAGCAAUGGAGCUGCUCGUGGUAAUGCAGACUCUGAAUAUGCAUCAGAGAAACUGCCACCAAAGAGGCUACAGAGAUUUGAUUCACUGCAUAUGGAGGCUGGAAAGAUUCCUGGUGGACCAACACAUGCAGCCAAGAUGGGAUCAACAACACAGAUGACCUCCUUUGGAGUCAUGUCUCUAAUUAUCUACACUGUUAUUCUCCUUCCGUUGAUAAAGUAUUGUUUCAUUGUCCUGCGAGCUAAUGACAAUGGAGACGUGCUUAGCGCGGUUGGAGGGAUCCAGCAAAAAGCAACAACCCUGACUCAAGGACAGAUUGCUGGCAUUUCGAUAGCCAUUUUGAUUGUCCUCUUUCUUGUUCAGUGCUUCGGCACAGACAAAGUUGGUUACACAUUUGCUCCUAUAAUCUUGACAUGGUUCAUCUUGAUUGCUGGUAUUGGAGUUUACAAUUUGAUCAAACAUGAUACUAGCGUUCUGAAAGCAUUCAAUCCAAAAUAUAUUGUGGAUUAUUUCAAAAGAAAUGGAAAACAGGGUUGGAUUUCUCUUGGAGGGGUUAUUUUAUGCAUUACAGGAACCGAGGCAAUGUUUGCUGACCUUGGUCACUUCAAUAUGAGAGCCAUUCAGAUUGGCUUCUCAGUAGUACUGUUCCCUUCAGUACUGCUAGCAUACAUUGGACAAGCUGCAUAUCUCCGUAUCUACCCAGAAAAUGUUUCAAACACAUUCUACAAAUCAAUUCCAGGUCCAUUAUAUUGGCCAACCUUUGCGGUGGCAGUAGCCGCUGCUAUAAUUGCAAGCCAAGCUAUGAUAUCUGGUGCAUUUGCAAUUAUUGCACAGUCGCAAGUUCUAGGUUGCUUUCCAUGGGUUCGUGUGACCCACACAUCAACAAAGUUUGAAGGACAAGUCUACAUCCCGGAGAUCAACUAUGCAUUGAUGAUUUUAUGUGUAGCUGUUACAGCUAUUUUCCAAACAACAGAAAAGAUUGGAAAUGCAUAUGGUAAAUUCUCAACUACAGACACAAAUAUCCCUAUUCCCUACCACGCCCCACCCCAAGAUAUAAACUAA